CCCAUUUCCUGUUGCGCUGGCCGGUAAAGCGCCCCCAAUCCCCGCUCCCGAACCCCUCCCGUUCCCGGCGAUGCUGCCGCUCAUCCUCCACCGGGUCACCGCCGCCUCCCCGCACCCGGGGCCGGGCAAGCGGCUACCGAGGAGUGCCCGGGGAUGCCCGCGGCCACCCGACGCCACCAGCAGUGGCCACUGACCGGGUCCCACGUCAUGAGCGAGCGCCGGUGGCUCCGAGCGCCGGUGGCGGUGCCGGGACCAUGGGACCGCMGCUCCGCCGCGUCCUGCUGCUCGGAGAGGGCAACUUCUCGUUCGCCGCGUCCCUGUGCGGGRCUCCGGGCACGCAGGUGGUGGCCACUUGCUACGAGAGCGAGGAGGAGGUGGCUGAACGCGGGGGAGCGGAGCGGAGCAUCCGCCGGCUGCGGGACAGCGGAGCCGAGGUUGUGUUUUCUGUGGACUGCACCAAGCUGAGGGAACACUUUUCCCCGGGAAAACGGGAAUUCCAUCGCRUUUAUUUCAACUUCCCUCACUGUGGGAGGAAGGCAGGGGUGGUGAAGAACAGGCAGCUCCUUGCUGGCUUUUUCCAUAGCUGCUCAGARGUGCUGGCAGAGGAGGGYGAGGUGCAYGUGGCCCUKUGCAAUGGGCAGGGUGGCACUCCUGCGGAUCAGCCACCCAGGGACUGGCACAACAGCUGGCAAAUCGUGGCUGUGGCAGCAGGAGCUGGCUUUAUCCUGAGCCACGUUCAUCCUUUCGGAGCAGAAAAUAUCCAGGGUUACAAAUGCACGGGUUACAGGAGUCAGGAUAAAUCCUUCCAUGUAGAGGGUGCUUUGAACCACAUUUUCACACGGAGCACAGCACUCCUGUGUUGCACACCCCUGAGCUGCAAGGCACGAGUGGGAAGCCAGAAAGUUUCUUUUCGAGUGCCACAAAUCCUCGUGGAUAAGAUUAAUAGGGGUUUCCUUGAUGUGAAUUCAAACCAUCCUGUAAGGACAAUCAAGGAGAAGCUCAGUGCAGGGCUCAGCCAGGUUUUCCCAGUGCAGAACAUCAACUCCUGCCUUCCUCUGCUCCACCAGGCUCACCCCGAUGGUGUUUGCCCCUCCAGUGUUUUCUGGAUCACUCCRAGCCCCGAGGAGGCUCCCAGCACUGAGGAAAUGUCUCAAGGACUGGAAAAUGAGGUUUUAUUUUCCCAUUUUGGCCAGGACAUGGAUAAGGAUGCAAAAGAGGAAUGCUCCAUCCCAAAGCAGUUUUAUCUCAGGCCAUCCCUCCUGCCCCAUGCUCAGGCAAUAACACAAAAAGGAGAUUUUCCCCCAGGGACGCUUCACGUUUUUUCUGGGCCAGUUUUCAGGAAAUGUCGGAUCUCUCCUCACUCCAUGCCUGUUUUCCAUGAGAUGCUYGUUGUCCUGGCAGUCAGCAGGGGCACAGAGAACAGCUGUAUCCAGAUGUUGGUGGACAACAUUAAAUCCACCACAAAUUCUCUUCACCAGGCCACUUCUGGCACUAAACCCAGCAUCAGCCUGCGGGAAGCAACAAGUUUUGGAACGGAGCUAAGUGACUUUGCCGCUUUUGAAGGUCAGCUGGGUGAAAUUCAGCACUUUCUGUGCGUGGGGACAGACCCAGACAGCUCAGGCCCCUGCGUGGGGGUUAUCAGGACAGCUCCUCAUGAAUUAAAAAGCCCUGAGCUGGUUUUUAUCUCAGCCUCGCUGAACCUGGACCUGCUGGCCAUGCUGCUGUGUGGAAUAUCYGACUGGAGGAUGCUCUGGACAUCGGACAGGCGCUUCCUCAGGCAGUUUCCCGAGGGAGAGCUGAGGCUUUUCCAGAGUUUUUCCCUCUAUCCGCCUUCCUACGUGCACGACAUCAGCUUCUGGCUUCCUGACGGCGAGCAGUUUGAUGAAAUGGCUUUUCACACCCUCGCCAGGAGGGUGUCAGGUGAAAUGAUCAUUUCUAUGCAGUUAAGGGACAGUUUCCAGCAGCCAGGGACAGGACGGAGGAGUCUUUGCUACAGGGUGACUUUCCAGUCCUGUGACAGGGCUCUGAGCAGCCGGGAGGCAGCGGAGAUGCAGCUGCGAUUUCGGGAGGAAAUGAAGCAACAGCUGGGUGUGACUCUGAGGUAGARCAGCUCCUGUGGGUUUCRGGGGCUCCAGCAGCUCCUGUGCUGWUUUCUGACCUGGAAAAUGUCACCUCCAUGGCGUUGGACCCAGCAGUGUGUUAUUAUUGCAGUGUUUCUGCCAAAGGUGGGGUGGACUUUGAGCACCUGCACGUGUCUAAAUGUGAGAACUGCUGUUAAUGAGGACCAAGAGCUUUCCUGUUCUCUGUGUGUGUAAUGGAACCUCAUUUUAUAAAGCGUGACAGUAGACUCGAUGUUCUUACUAAAGGAAAUUCCUCCUGGUGCCCACCCUGAGCCUGCCCUGGCCCAGCCUGAGGCCGUUCCCUCUCCUCCUGUCCCUGUUCCCUGCAGCACAGCCUGACCCCCCUGGCUGUCCCCUCCUGUCAGGGAGUUGUGCAGAGCCACAAGGUCCCCCCUGAUCCCCCUUUGCUCCAGGCUGAGCCCCUUCCCCAGCUCCCUCAGCCGCUCCUGGGGCUCCAUUCCCAUCCCUGGACACGCUCCAGCCCCUCCAAUCCUUUUCCCAUCUACCGAUCAUAGUGCUUACCAAAUAAAGAACAUUCUCCACCGGUGCAUUCCCCAUUCCCUCACUUCCCUGCCC